AUGGCAACUAGGCUGCAAUUUGAGAACUCAUGUGAAGUUGGAGUGUUUUCCAAGCUCACUAAUGCCUACUGUUUGGUUGCAAUUGGUGGUUCUGAAAAUUUCUACAGUACGUUUGAGGGUGAGUUAGCAGAUGUUAUUCCGGUGGUUAAAACGUCCAUUGGUGGGACUGGGAUAAUUGGACGACUUUGUGCUGGAAACAAAAAUGGGCUUCUCUUGCCUCACACUACUACUGACCAAGAACUUCAACAGUUAAGGAACAGUCUGCCAGAUCAAGUUGUCGUUCAGCGCAUUGAAGAGAGACUAUCUGCUCUUGGGAACUGCAUAGCAUGCAAUGACCAUGUUGCUCUUACACACACUGAUCUUGACAGGGAAACUGAGGAGAUGAUUGCAGAUGUUCUUGGGGUCGAAGUUUUUAGGCAGACAAUAGCUGGUAAUAUUCUUGUGGGCAGCUAUUGUUCAUUCUCUAAUAGAGGCGGCUUGGUCCAUCCCCAUACAUCAAUUGAAGACUUAGAUGAACUGUCAACCCUCCUUCAGGUCCCUUUGGUGGCUGGGACUGUAAAUCGUGGUAGUGAAGUGAUAGCUGCUGGCUUGACAGUCAACGACUGGACUGCAUUCUGUGGAUCAGACACCACGGCUACAGAACUGUCUGUUAUUGAGUCUGUCUUCAAGUUGAGGGAAGCCCAACCUAGUGCCAUUGUUGAUGAGAUGAGGAAAUCUUUGAUUGACAGUUAUGUUUGAGUGUUGCAAACUAGGGCAUUACUUCCAUGUAGCAAUGACACCAGUUUUUUGGUUUCUGUUGACGAUAAAAUAUUAUUGUCAUAGAAAAUCAACAUAUUUAUGUUCCAAUUGUUAGUUUUAUGCUUUCACCAUGCGGGCUGGUGCUAUCGAGUUAUUUACCUGUGAAAUGAUA